AUGGCAUUUAAAAGGGUGAUUGAUAUAAUUGAAGAUAAGGCCAUCGUAAGAAAGGCGUCAUUAGAGGAGGUGCCAUUUCGAUACCAGGGAUUGGUUAUAAAGUUUGCAAUGAAUGAGCCUGGAACACAGUCCAGUUAUGGAAGGCUGAAGAAUGAGAUAUUCAACAACUCAAAACUUUUAUCUUAUAACUCUAAGCCUCUUAACAAACUUAAAAACAAUAUCAAAAUGGCUUCUAUCCACACUCGAUCUUUCAGUUUCCCCUCAAACUCUCACCCCGUUUCUGAGCAAUUGGAUCAACAAUUAAACAGGUUGAGGUCUUCUCAAGCUGCUUCUACUUCAUCCUUGACCACCAAACUUAGUGGUCUAAACGAUUUAUACAAAUCAGUUGAAGAGUUUCUUCAAUUGCCCCAAAAUCAGAAAACCGUAUCUCAAUCUCAACAAGUAUUAGAUGGAUCUCUAAGACUCAUUGACAUUUGCUCAACAUCUCGAGAUGUCUUGGCAGUGUCAAAGGAACAGAUCCAAAACAUUCAAUCAGUUCUUCGAAGAAGAUGCAGUGGUGAACUUGACAUUACCAAUGAAGUCGCUAAAUAUCUUAAAACCAGAAGAGCUUCCAAGAAGACAAUCAAGAAGUGCUUGAAAGACAUCAAUGCAGUUGAGCCCGUUGCCAUUGAGAGCAUGCUCAAGGAUGUGCAAGCGUUGACUGCUGAAGUCUUUAACUCCUUGUUGUCUUACAUCGGCGGAUCACAGAAGAGUAGCUGGUGUUUCUUUAGCCAAAGAUCUGAGAAGAAAGCAGCAACAUCCUUUGAUGCUGUUGAUGCUCUUCUUGUGAAGAAAGUGAAUGUUGAUAUGUCACAACUAGUUAAUUUAGAGUCAGAAAUUCAAGAAAUCGACGAAGUUUUAGAAUCAUUGUUUAGGCAUUUGGUGAAGACAAGAUCAACUCUUCUCAAUGUCCUUAGCAACUAG